UCCGGUACACAGACGGGGCAUUAAUGAGGCUCUUUUUUGUUUCUCUGCUUGCUGAUGUCUCCAUUACAACAAAGAAGUCAACACAAGCUAAACAUCGACUGGCCUCACACAUUUUGAAGUGAAGCUCCUUGGUGUCUGUUGAGCUGUGGAUGGAGAACAUGAAGAGAUCUCAGAUCACCUUCUUUGCUGCUUUUUUGGUUUCUGUAUUGUCACUCCUCUGCUGCCCUGUUUCUGCCAGUACAGGGUCAAACUAUGAUUACGUGGCCCAUCCGCACUUUGUCUGCACUCCCAUUCCAGCGGACAUAGACCCUGCCUGCUUCCCAACUGCAGGGCCGGGUGUCGGGGCAGCAGGUAUGGGCGGACCACGGCGUCAAAGCGCACUGCCUACGGGCUGGUGGGGGGCAAGCGAAGAGGCUAAAGCCACCAUCCUCCACCUCAGGGAGAGCCUUCUUCCAAAAGAGACCAUCCUCGACCAGAGGGAGACCAUAAGAGAGCUGACCGCCAAGCUCACCCUGUGCGAAGGCUUUGGGCGGGGCAUGACAUCUCACAAUGACCACCAGAGCCCACCCUCACACUCUCAUCACUUAGGAGUGGACAGUUCACACACACACACCGACAAUGGCCACUACAGCAACCUCCAAGGUCACCAUGGAAACAGAAACAUCAUGCCAGACUCAAUGCACUACUUCUCUGUGGGGGAGGAAAGAUCUGAUGGAUGGCAUGGCAGCAACCACCAGGGGGCGCACAAACAUGUGACCCCAGUGAACAUAACAUCAUCACCAGAGCAGAUGGAGAGGAUGCUGCAGGCGCUGAAGGAGAGGGUGGACAACCUGCAGAAGAGAAACACAUCAAUUAGCUAUUCCACCUCCCUGAAAGAGCUGCUGCAGAGGAAGAUCGAUAUUCUGGAGGAGCAGCUGCACCAUCAUUCUGCUGCUCUCAACAGCCCAGACCAUCAUCAUGAUGAAAGCAGUCACCAUGACAAUGGAAGCCAUCAUGAUGACAAUCACCAUGAGGAUGGAAAUUCCAAUGACCACAAGGAUGGCCACAUUGAGGAGAACCACACAGAGCAUCACGAUGACAGCCACAACGAUGACCAUCAUGAAUCAGAUGGUAACCACAGCAGCCGUGAUGACGAUGAUGAUGACAGCCACCACAGCAAUGAAGCAGUCAGCCGCAAUUACCUUUCCCACUUGGGAUACAGAACUUCAGGGUCCCGAGCAGGAAUCCAUUCAAAUAAACUGGAGGCAAUCCUGAAUGAGCUGCAGCUCACAGGAUCCAGCAGGAAGAAAUCUAAAAGUCCAGAUGACUUCCAGAUUAGCUUUCCAAUGAGAACAAACUACAUACACGCAAGGGUUAAGAGGACUUUGAUGCAGGAGAUCUCUGCUUUGACCUUGUGUCUUUGGAUCAAGUCUGGCCUGGGGCCCAGCCUGGGAACGCCGUUUUCUUACUCUGCCCCUGGACAGGCCAAUGAACUGGUGCUCAUUGAGUGGGGGAACAACCCCAUGGAACUACUCAUCAACGAUAAGGCAGUGACGCUGCCCCUGUCUCUGAGCGAUAUGAAAUGGCACCAUGUCUGUGUGACCUGGUCCACACGGGACGGACAGUGGGAGGCCUACCAAGACGGGGUACAGAGAGCAUCUGGGACAAAUCUAUCUCCCUGGCACGCAAUCAAAGCAGGAGGGGUGUUCAUCCUGGGACAAGAGCAGGACACUCUUGGAGGUCGUUUUGACACAGUUCAGUCAUUUGUAGGCGAGAUGUCAGACCUGCAUAUGUGGUCACAUGUCCUGAGUGCCAGCGACAUCUUUACCUUGGCCUCCUGUGGCAGCCACCUUAGCGGUGACAUCAUCGCUUGGUGUGAGGCAGAGGUGGAGCUUCAUGGAGGUGUGGUCAGAUACCCCUUUAACCCCUGUCACUGAAAGGCUGCGGCACAGAUCAGUAACAUGAUGACAUCCUGAGAGCAUUGAGUCCAACAGAAACUCUAACACCUGCUCGGAUAAAACAGAUGUCACGUCGACUUUAAACUGUGCCGCAGACUCCUCAAGGCCUUCGUUUUCUUGUAAUUACCGAUAUUU